GUGGCAAAAGGGCUGACAGAAUCCAAACCAGACCAUUUCUGCCGGUCUUAGAGUGCAGCAAUCGCGGUUGAACAUUCAACACCAAACUCGAACAUCAUCCAGCAAGUACAGCGAAAACAUCAAUAGCGCUCCCGACCUUGCAAAAGAAAUAAUCUGACACACCAUACCGGCCGAACGAGAGAACAGAGCCUCAACAUGGCCAACUUCCUCGCCUCCAUCUUCGGCACCGAGCAAGACAAGGUCAACUGCUCCUUCUACUACAAGAUCGGCGCGUGCCGGCACGGCGAUAGAUGCAGCAGGAAGCACGUCAAGCCGUCGUACAGCCAGACGAUUCUGAUGCCGAACCUGUACCAGAACCCGGCGUUCGAUCCCAAGAACCGCAUGAACGCGUCGCAGCUGCAGAACCACUUCGACGCCUUCUACGAGGACAUCUGGUGCGAGAUGUGCAAGUACGGCGAGCUCGAGGAGCUCGUCGUGUGCGACAACAACAACGACCACCUGAUCGGCAAUGUGUACGCGCGCUUCAAGUACGAGGACAGCGCGCAGAAGGCCUGUGACGCGCUCAACUCGCGCUGGUACGCCGCCCGCCCCAUCUACUGCGAGCUCAGCCCCGUGACCGACUUCCGCGAAGCCUGCUGCCGGCUUAAUAGCGGCGAGGGCUGCGUGCGCGGCGGCUUCUGCAACUUCAUCCACCGCAAGAACCCGAGCCCCGAAUUGGAGAGGGAGCUGGAGCUGUCGACCAAGAAGUGGCUCAAGAUGAGGCCGCGGUCACGCAGCCCCACCCGGUCGCCCAGCCCAGAACCGACAAGGAGGAGGUAUUAGGGGAGACGUGUGCCAGGACGGAGGGGUUGAUACUUUCUGGAGGGGACUAAUUUUCAUGCGGAAACGUCACUGAUGGUUUUCUCUUGGGGUAGUGGAGGUUGAAACAUUACACAAGACGACUGAUGCCACAUCUGUGGUUGGGCAAGGAGCGGUCAAAAUUCACGCACAGUCUUGCAAAUGGAGUUGAGGCGUUGAUGGAUGGUAAUUGUCCUUGCGUUGAGGGUUUGGGGGUUUUGACCUGUACUUAGCUAUAGAGAACCGACGUCCAAGCAAUGCAUAAACCACUA